GAUGCUUUAAUAGGCCCAGAAACAGUGUUUUUAUAUCAAUUACAUUAGCCAUGUCGGUAAAUAAGGGGGAUAAGCCCCCGGCGCUUCAUAAUGAGAAGCGUUUUGUAUUCCAAAGCAAUCUGAAUCGCCUUCUGUCUGAAACCAAAAGAGUGCCACCUAGCUCAACCCCUUGCGCUAAAUGCGAGCAAAGAAAGAGGAUAUGUAUAUGUUCCACUGUGAAUGGCGCUGUUGGCAAAGCUCCGGUGUACGAAUUAACCGAGCUGGCAGAUACGAAGAUCAUGCUUUCUGAGUUACGUGAUUCUCUCAACGACAUCGAUAUUGAAAAGUGGUCGUACCACACUAAAAUCAUGGAUGAAACAUCAUUGGUUGUUAAACAGAUAGCGGAUAUUACUACAGUUGUAAAUGGGCGAAAGGAACCGGGUGCAGAACUUGUUACCAAUGCGUGGGUUAAGCUAUAUGAGAUUCUGGAGUUCUAUAAAGUGGUAGAAACCCUUAUACCAAGAUUGGCUGAGGAUGGUGGUACUAUAAAUUCGUUUCAUUUAUCUGAAUGCCCAGGUGGUUUUAUAGCAGCGCUGAAUCAUGCUAUUAAGCAGCGGAAUAGCACGGCGAAUCUUUCGUGGCAGGCUACUUCGCUAAAUCCAUACCAUGAAGGUAAUAGCCAUAUGGAGUGUCUUGCAGAAGACAUACUGUAUCGAGAUACGGUAACCAACUGGUUAACUGGCUCUGAUGAAUCUGGCAAUAUCAACAAGACGGCUAAUAUUGAGUACAUAUGGGAUCGCGUCAGCAGAGCUAGUAAAUUCAACAAGGGGAGAGCACCGGUGCUUGUGGACAUUGUAACCGCUGACGGUUCGUUCUGUUGUCAGGCUGAUCCAAAUAAUCAAGAGACCUUAACUGCUCCUUUGAAGUUGUCUGAGGUGGUAUGUGCGCUUGGACUCAUGAGGGUGGGUGCGAUAUUCAUUCUCAAGAUGUUUACGCUCUUUGAGGAGAGCAGUUUAUCCAUAUUCACUAUACUCAAGAUGUGUUUCAAAACGGUGGAAGUCUACAAACCUCAUUUGUCUAAAAGCAAUGGUUCUGAAGUAUAUGUAGUAUGUAUAGGAUUUAAUGGUAUUACCUCAGUUCUCUUAUGCGCUCUUUGCAAAAUUAUUGACGAAUAUACCGCAUCCAAAGAGCGUCGAGCUAUUAUACCAAAGGAAUGGGUGCCAAGUUCUUUUAGGGCUGAGUUUGUUGAUUGCGCUAUGAUGUUUGCUCAGAUACAGUGUCGCAGUCUUCGGCACUGCAUGGGUCAAUACAUGCAAAUAUCGGAUGAAAAUCAGUAUUUCAAGCGGAAACGUGAGUUCGCUAAACAAUUUCUUGCACAGUUUCCCGUAAACCCUAUCCCAUCGGACUGUCGAUUGGUAAAAUACAUUUCCUUUAGCGAUACUGUAAUCACUGGGAAGGACACCAGUUCUUUAUAUCACGUACCAAAGCGUCAUUUACCAAAUUUGGAAUCUAGACGCGUGUUUGCCAAGCGGUAUGAGGAACUGCAAAAAGGACGUCAAGAGUUAUAUCGAACUUCUCGUCAAAAAGAGAAUACCUCGCAAUUCAUAAUCCUGUCAGAGGAGGCAACAUGUGCUGAUUUUGGCCGCAACACAGCUGACCUCUUCGCUUUUGCGAAAACAUAUAGACCUGCAUAUCCAGAAUUUAGUCUUUCUCCGUUGAGCUUUGACCUUGAUCCUAGUUUGAUAGACGAUUUACGUAUGGACCUGAAGCACCAAAAGUAUGUAAAAGAAUCAUGGUUCGUAUCGGCACCAUUACAUGCUCAUCACAUUCGGAUGAGCCACUUUGUCUGCAACGACUUGCUUUACGACGUUAUGCACAUACGCUUGUUAUGCGGCCAGCGCAUCCCGGUAGUGACACAGAUGGAUGUUUUUCUCCAUGACGGUGCUUGUGGUGAAGCUAUGUCAGAUAUAAAUAUACUUCCCAAUUCGUGUACUGUUGACCUCGCCUUGGUGGCUAAACAGUUUCUCGAUAUCAAAAGGUACAAAUCAUACACGGAAAUAACAUCCAACCCAUCGCAACAGUUUCCGGCAAUUUCAUUAAUGAAGCGUCACAAUCUGCCGGGAUAUCUCAUAUACAGCUUUUGCCAAAACGGCACUGGUGAAUCGUUGAUACACUUUGACUCGUCUUAUGAACUUCAAGUUAUUUUGGAUUCUUUCGUGGGUGAAGGCACACUGAAAACUACUUUGGGUUUUAAUUACGACCAGCUGCUCUCGCAGCAGGAAGGAUACAAAUCUCUAACUACACAGCUGCAGGAUACCACUUUAAAGAAUAGCGUUGAUUUUAUAUUUUGUGACUGUCGACGUUCAUCAAAUUUUCAUCGGGAAGUUUUGUCAGAGGAAUUCAAACUAAAACAUGUGCUUGUGGCACAAUUGAUACAGGCAUUUUUCUGCCUUUCACCAGGAGGUGACUUGGUAAUUGCACUCAGUACGACAAUCACUAGAUUCACUAUCUGUAUUAUAACCGUCCUGAGAGUUUGUUUCCAAGAUGUAUAUUUAUAUAGGCCGGAGUCAGUACCACCUUGGACCCAGCGUAGUUAUGUAAUAUGCAGGAAAUAUAGUGAAGGGGAUAACUCUUAUAUUCGAUACUAUUUACAGUGCCUCUGGGAUGCAAUCUGCCUUCAUAAGAAAUCGGGUCGCGAAGUACUGCAGACACUCCGCCCAGCACACUUUACCCAUUUGUCCAGGCAAUUGUGGGAGUUUAACACUGGGCUUCUUCUAUCACAUUUCAAUGACCUUGAGAUCCAUACAAAGAGCGAGCCGGUUGUUAGGCCUCGUGAAUUCUACGCAAUGGAUUUCCUUAAGCAGCACGACUUAGUCGAUUUGCUCUAUCCUUCGGCUGUAAUUGAUGCGUUAGGUUCCUGUCGUUUACUAUCACUUGAACAACAACAAAAAUGCGACUCUAGUGUGGAACCUCGUGGCAGUGAGAAGCGUGCUCGUACUGAGGACACUGAGGAACAUGUUGAUACACCUGAAAAUUCACCUUCUCAGGACAACUCGCAUUCACCGAUAUGGUCUAGUGACGAAGAAUAGCUUUAAGCAUAGCGUUAAACAUUCAAAUACACUAAUGUAAAUGUAGUUUGUCUU